CAUUAUUGUUUAUCAAAUCAUCCCUUCUUAACAUCAUAAAUUUUCAGCUAGAUUCAGAUUCUACAGACAAAAUCUGAAAGUUAUUAAGAUUUUGGGGCUUGUGAGAGAAGAAAUGAACGAUGGGGUUAGUUUGGGGGUAGGUUCUGUUGCAGGAGCUGUGGUCUCUGAGCUCCUGAAAGUCGUGAUCCAAGAGGCUAAGAUGGUGUUGACGUUCAAAUCUGUGUAUACAGAGCUUGCAUCGACGAUGGAGGAUGUGCUUCCGAUAAUCCAAGAGCUCGAGAUGUUGCCAGGCUCUGGAGAGCUAAAGAAAUUCAAGGAUAUAAUCGAUGAAGCUCUUUUACUUGUUCGGAAGUGUUCACGAGUCAAGCGGUGGAACCUACCCUCAAAAGCUAAAUACACAAGAAAAAUAGAGAUUAUCAACAAGAAGAUGCUCAAGUACUGUCAGAUUCAACUGCAGAUUAUUAUGCUUCGGAACCAACGGCUGAUAAUGAAUAAAAGGGGAUGGUUCGCUUGCGAGACUGUACCUGACGAGGUGUCUACCAUGCCCCCUGACAUGCUGUCUGACAUGCCGCCUAACGUGCCGUCUGACUGUCUGCCCGUGUAUGCGAAGGAAGCCAUUGAGAGUCAUCUCAAAAGCAUCAGAAAGAAGCUCGAUUUUUUUAGCGUUUCUCCGCCUGUUUAUAUAGAUCUUUGUUCGGUCCCCAAGCUUGAUAAGGUUCUCUUUGGAUUGGAUUUUCCAUUGAUGGAGGUAAAGACGAAGCUCCUUAAUGAUGAUGAUCUCGUGGUCUCUGCUCCUCCCGGGUGCGGGAAAACCACAUUGGCCACUCAGCUUUGCCAUGAUGAAGAGAUCAAAGAAAAGUUCGAGUAUAUCUUCUUCUGCGUUGUUUCAAGUGGUUCUACCUUUAGGACCAUCGUACAGACUUUGCUCCAGCACAGCGGUUACGAAUCACCAACAUUUGAGAAUGAUUCUCAAGCAGUUGAUGGCUUAAGGAAGCUGAUUGUGGAACUUAAGGAAGAUGGUCCUAUAUUGUUGGUGUUGGAUGAUGUGUGGCUAGGAGCAGAUUCCGUUCUUCAGAAGUUUCAGAUUAACAUACAGGAUUUCAAGAUUUUGGUGACUUCUCGGUUUGAGUUUCCCAGUUUUGGCCCCAUUUAUCAUUUGAAACCUUUGGGAGAUGAAGAUGCUAAGUCCCUUCUCAUUAAGCGGGCAUCUCCAUGUUUUUUUCGCGGGACAUCACGUAAGCAUGAAGAUCUUAUACAAAAGAUUCUGAAACGUUGCUAUGGAUUACCACUCUUGAUUGAAAUAAUCGGCGUUCAACUUCUGAGAAAAUCUAUAGACUGGAGAGGAGAAGUGAAAAGCUGGUCUGAAGAGGAAACAGUUCUUGAUGUUCAGCUUAUAAGAAAAUUUGUAAAUUGGGCCACAGACAAAGUGAAAAGAUGGUCCGAAGAGGAAACAAUUAUUGAUAAUCCCCAACCUAAUGUGCUCGAAUGUCUACAGCCUAGCUUGAAUGUCUUGGAUCCCCAUCUUAAAGACUGUUUCUUGGACAUUGGCUCAUUCCUUACACAAGGCAAGAUACGUGUUUCCAGUAUAAUUGACAUGUGGAUGGAAUUAUACGGUAAAGGUAGUGAAAGUAGUACCGUGUACGUGAAGUACCUCAAUGAACUGGCUUUCCGUAAUCUUCUUGAGCUUGAUCCUGCCAGGAUAAGUGAAAACGAAGACGGUUUCUACGAUGGAUUCUUAGAUAGCCAACAUAGUAUUCUGAGGGAGUUGGCUAUCUGCCAAAGCAAAUCUGAGGAACACCAUGACAGAGGAAGGCUCAACCUGGAGAUAAGAGAGGAUAAAUUUCCAGAUUGGUGUUUGGAUCUAAGGCAGCCUAUAAGUGCUCGUAUUUUGUCUAUCUCAACAGAUGAUUUAUUCUCAUCGACUUGGGCUGAAAUGGAUUGCCCCGAUGUUGAGGCUUUAGUUCUUAAUAUCUCCUCAUCAAGCUAUGCAUUACCAAACUUCAUUGCUACCAUGAAUAAACUGAAGGUUGUGGCUAUCAUAAAUCACGGUCUUGGUCCUGCAAAGUUGACCAACUUGUCGUGUCUCAGCUCGUUACCCAACUUAAAACGGGUCAUAUUUGAAAAUGUUUCAAUCACUUUGCUGGACGUUCUCCUUUCACGACUCGGGAGUCUCGAGAAGCUAUCUUUGUUCAUGUGCAGAGUCGGCCUUGAGGUUUCCCACAACAUAGAUGAGAUAGCUAUCCAUGAAGCUCUACCGAGUUUACAGGAGAUUGACAUAGAUUAUUGCUAUGAUCUUGAUGAGUUGCCGGAUUGGGUCUCUGAAGUUGUCUCAUUGAAGAAACUAAGCAUCACAAACUGUGGCAAGCUCUCUGUACUUCCGAAGGCUAUAGGUAACUUGAGUAAUCUUGAAGUGUUGAGGUUGUGUUCUUGUAUCAAUCUCCAUGAGCUGCCGGAAUCAACUGAGAGACUCGGCAAUUUACGGUUUCUGGAUAUUUCUGAUUGUUUAGCACUGAAGAAGUUGCCUUUAGAGAUUGGCAAGUUGCAGAAGCUGGAAAAAAUCUCGAUGAGGAUGUGUUUGGGAUGCGAAGAAUUACCGGAUUCUGUGAAGAAUUUAGGGAGAUUGAAGGUAGAUUGUGAUGAAGAUACUCGACUGUUGUGGGAAAGGUUGAAGCCAGAAAUGGGGUUUUUCAAAAUCCUGAUGGGAAUAUAGCAGAGCGUAACCUGAAAAUAAAUGCUAGUUUGUCCAAAGACUAAGGAAAGGAGAAGAAAGAGAGGGAAAUUGAACCAGUGAAUUACUCAACCCGUCGUGUAAUAACCUAUAUAGUUAAUUAAAUAAGUACCUACCUAUAUAAAAGUGAACGGAUCGUUGGGUUAAGUUUGGUUAUGUUUCAUUUUUCAGUCGACAGACAGUUAUGUUCAGCAGUUUCGUAAGAUGUUUAUUUAAGUUUGUGUUGUAUUGUCUUGGUAAAAUAUUAAGUUUCAGAUUCUACUCUCUGUUUUUAAAUUCCUUGUCCAAGUCUCACUGUUCUCAAGUGUU